AUGCGCUUCCCUGCUAUUUCUUGGUGUGACUCUGGCUCUGGAGCUGUUUUGGCACGGUCAUCUCAGCCAAUCGCGAUGAUGGAUCAUAACGAGGACGUGAAACUUGUAUAUGCCUUUUGCACCCCAAGGAUUAAACCCACAGACGAAUUCAGUGUGAACAGAAAAUUAUACAUAGUUGAUUGUCGCCCAUGGACUAGCGCUCAGGCAAAUAAGUUAACACGUGGUGGAACAGAGUCAGCUAGUACUUAUCAAGAAGCUGAGAUUGUGUUUUUAGGAAUUCUGAAUAUCCAUGAUAUUAGAGGCAGUUUUACCGGCCUCCGGGAGUAUGUCAAUGCUUACGAAUCAAUUCAUCAAGUGGACUCCCUUUAG